AUGGCAUCGACGACGAUAUCACAGCCAACACCCGAACAGACGUCACUCUCCUCUGAUUUACCAGCAUUGCCACCCCCACCGGGAGUAACGCCAAAUUUUACAAAUCCACCAAAUCGAGGAAAGCUCGAAAUCGUCGUGACGUCUUUGCUGCUCUGUAUUGCCACGAUUUUCAUACUUAACCGGCUCUACAUGAAAACGUUCAUUGUUCGAAAGUAUAUGUUGGACGAUCUGACCAUUGUAGUGGGCAUGGUUGGCACAGUUACGUGUUAUGCUGCAGCUACCUUUGGAGUACACGAAGGCGCUAUUGGAGUCCACCUAUGGGAUAUCAAAGGCCAAGCGGGCAGCAGAAAUACCGUGAUCUCUGUCUACCUGAUCUCAGUCCUGUUGUCACCAACCUUCCUUUUCAUCAAGAUCACGUUUUUCAUCACGUAUGGCCAUAUUUUCGGUCCGAUGCGUUGGAUGAGGAUCUGCGCCUUACUCGGGGGCAUAUUCACGACGCUCUUCUACAUUGCUAUGACCGUGUGCUUCUUCAUCGUUGUAACACCUCACAGAGGCCAGACGUGGCUAUCCAAUACAAGUACUCAGCGCGAGGAACUGAAUCUCCACUUCGGUGUCCCUUCAUCUGCUGUGGGUCUGGUCAUUGAUAUCUAUCUCCUGGUUCUGCCGAUCGUGGCUGUGAGUAAGCUGCAAAUGGCCACUCACCGGAAGCUUGGUAUCAUCCUAAUCUUCACGACCGGGUUGCUCGCUUGUCUGGGCUCGGUCCUGAGCAUAUACUACAGGGUCCGGCUCGAGAGAACCCGAGACCAAACAUGGGCUCUCAUACCUGCGAAGACCGUGACUCUCUUAGAGAUGUUCGUAGGCAUAAUCUGUGCCUGCAUGCCGGCAGCGUCCCACACAUGGCAACACCAUCUCCCCUCCUACGACUCAUUCAAGUACCACCUACGCGCCCGCAAUGGAACUUCGGGGCUGAAACUCGGCGGAACAAACCCAACUCCGUCCUCGUUCGCGGAAAGUAAUUCCAGAGACGUGAAAACUUCCCGUGGCGUUCACGAAGGAUACGUCAAUCUAGACGUGCUUGAGCAUGAAUUGCCGAGGCCGGUAAAGCCUUUGCAGACCUUCAUUUACAGCGGACGGCCAGACGAUCUCAAUCACGAUGGUAUCAAUCUCACAUACGAAAUGCAGCAGAGCUCGGCCUCACCUCCGCCACCCAAGCGUGGGUGGACGACUGUCUAG